GUCAGUGUCAGUUGUCGUGCCGUUAUUGAAGGAAAAUAUUAAAAAUAAUAUUUAUUUAUUAUCACAGUUUGUUAUUCUUAAUUAAACAAAAUGCUGUACCUGGAAGAUUAUUUAGAAAUGAUCGAACAUUUACCCCAAGAACUAAGAGAUAGGUUUACCGAUAUGAGGGAAAUGGACUUAACAAUACAUAAUAAUAUGGAUGAGCUUGAGAAAAGAGUGAAAACUUUUUUCAGUGAUUGCAAAAGAUUCCCGCCUGAAAGUUUGCCUUCCACUAUUGAUGCGGAAUUUGAAGCCAUUAGGAAGGAAUAUUACAAAUCCCUUGAAGAAGCAGACGAAAAGGUCCAUUUAGCGAGUACAAUGUAUGAUCUAGUAGACAAGUACUUAAGAAGGUUGGAUUCAGAAUUACAUAAAUUUAAAUGCGAAUUGGAAGCCGAUAACAAAGGUAUAACGGAGGUCUUGGAGAAGAGGUCCUUAGAACUGGAUACGCCAAAUACAACACCCACAAUGUCUUCUCUUCAACAAAAAGAGAACAGAUACGAGAGCUCAUUUAGAUACUCAAGACCGAGAGCGGAAAAACGUAGAGAAAGCACUCUAUCAGUACCGGCGCAGCUGGCUGAAAAAAGACAAGCCGUCACGCCAGUAAUUCCGCCUUUAAUAGAACCGAGGCAUUCUUCUGUUCAAUCGAUAUCGCCCGUUACAACAACGAUUUCUUCUUACAACUUGGGUCACAAUUUGGGCGCCGGUCCAGCUAUAGCUGCAGCCGCCUCCCAAGCAAUCGCAGCUACGCAACAAAUGCAACAAGGUAGAAGGACGGCCAGUUUGAAGGCGUCGUACGAAGCGAUCGGAGCUCAUGCUAACGAGUACGGAGGCAUAGGGAGAGAAUUAGCUGGCGCGGCGGAAACUGCUAUACAAGCUAUACAGCAGGAUCAUGCCAACAACAAAAAGAAGCACAAAAAGUGGACGAGCAGUAGUUCGACUAAUACAUCUUCGUCUGCUGCUGUGGUUCAACCUGUGGUAACACCUCCCGUGGUUGUUCCCACUCCGGAAUCUCCCGCAGAGGCUAGUACACAAAACGCCGAAGUAACUGACGGAGAAUGGACUUACGAUCCGAACGAACCGAGAUAUUGUCUUUGCAACCAAGUGUCUUAUGGUGACAUGGUUGCUUGCGAUAACGAAGAUUGUCCUUCCGAAUGGUUUCAUUAUCCCUGCGUUGGUAUUACGGCUCCUCCGAAGGGCAAAUGGUACUGUCCCCAAUGUACAGCAUCGAUGAAACGUCGCGGAGGAAGAAAAAAUUAGUUCCUAUUAGUCGCGCUUAUAAUGCGCAUAUUUUAUUUCUAAGAUUAAUUUGAAUUCAUUCUAUUUUGUACAUAUUUGUACUUUUAUGGGAUAAUCGAUGUGUAUUAGGAUUAUUUUUUCAUCUUUUUUUUAUUUUUAACAGUUAAUAUUAAAUUAAAGCGAUAUUAUUU